AUGCACCACGAUCUUCCGGCCAGACAAAAGUCACAGAGACUAGUGAACAAGGCCAAGGCCGAGCAGGGUGCAGGAAAGUACUUCAACCUGUUCAAGCAGAAACCACGCAACAUCACAAACGCCAAUGAGCUUCUCCCAGGAUUGAACGAUAUCCUGGACGCUUUGGAAGCCAUGCCCAUGGAUUUGGUCAAGUACAUGACCUUGCUCAAGGAGAUCGACGCCAAGUGCAUUAACUCGAUUCCGGCCAUCAACAGACAAGUCGCCAGCUACAUUGAAGAUCUCCACAAGGACGGAGCUCAGGAUGGUCUUAGUAGAGAAGACAAGACACAACGGCUCGGACGGAUCCGCAAGCGGGUCUUCGAGGUCAUUCCGUGUUUGGAAGAGAAGAUGCAUGUGACCUCGGUGGCCGCCGACGUGAUGGCCAAGCACAUGUACAGAAUCAACAACGACUACAAGGUGAUCAUUGGCAACAACGAGAUCCCCGAGCUGGUGAGGCUAGGGCCAUUGAACCACAGGGCUAUGGUUCAGGAUCCCGCCGCGGCCGCCGAAGCAGCCAAACUGGCCCAAUCGCAGCGUCUGGAGUCUCGUAGAGAGGCUCUUGCAGCCAGAAAAGCAAAUAAGGACGACGAUGAAGAUAACGGCAAGAGACGCAGAGGCAAUGGUCGCGAGACGACGCCCUUGGAGUCUGUUUCUGUCAACGGUAACGGCGUGGGGUCCAAAAAGCGCAGAGCGCAGGACGAUAAGAGUCUGGUACCUCCAGAGAAGAAGAGAGCAGGAAACAAGCCUAGACGAGGCGACGACGAGGGCCUGGGUCCUUCGGGCGAGCCUACCUACUGCUACUGUGACCAGGUUUCGUUUGGCGAGAUGGUGGGUUGCGACGGAGAGACCUGUAAGAGAGAAUGGUUCCACUUGCCGUGUAUUGGAUUCAAGAACCCACCCAAGGGUAAGUGGUAUUGUGACGAGUGUUUGGCGAAGAUGAAGCGGAAGCCACAGAGGGCAUGA